CCCCUCCUCUUGCUGGGUGUGGUGGAAGUUCCCCAGUCUCAUAAAGGAGGUUACAUCUAUGCUCUACGUGUACUGUACGGGCUCUCCAAAUUCCUUGUAGCCGUGGUCCGCUUGCUGCUGCUGCCUUUUCCCUUCACGGUAGAUUUAAGUCGAGCAUCCUACUUUUGGCAUCUGUUCUACCCUAGAGACUUGCAUCAGAAAAUGGCUUUCGUUUCACAUAUGCUAGUCCAUUUGGAGUAUAUUUCACCAAGUUCAUCAAAACACAGAGGAGGAAGUGUGAAACCUUGUGCUCAAUUUGAUCCACAUGCUGAUGCUGUUGCUUUGGAUAAAGCCAUCAAAACCAAAGGAAUUGAUGAAGUAACAAUAAUUGAUGUGCUGGUAAAUCGCAGCAAUGAGCAACGUCAACAGCUGAAGUCUGUGUUUGAGAAGACUACAGGAAAGCCACUUGAAGAAGCCAUGAAAAAGUGCCUGUCGGGCCACCUUGAAGAAGUUGUCUUGGCGUUGCUGAAGACUCCAUCUGAGUAUGAUGCCUGUGAGAUCAGACAUGCCAUGAAGGGUCUUGGUACAGAUGAGGAUUGUCUAAUAGAGAUUUUGACCUCAAGAGAUAACAAGGAGAUUAAAGCGAUAAGGAAAGCUUACUGUGAAGAACUGAAGAGAGACUUGGACAAGGACAUUACAUCAGAUACAUCAGGAGACUUCAGGAAAGCCUUGCUUGCCUUAGCAAAGGGUGAGAGGUGUGAAGAUGCACGAGUCAAUGUCGACAUGGCAGAUGAUGAUGCUCGGGAACUGUAUGAAGCAGGAGAGAAAAGAAAAGGGGCUAAUGCUGAGGUCUUCGUUAAAGUACUCUCAUCAAGAAGCUUCCCACAACUUCACAAAGUAUUUGAAUGCUAUUCCAAAUACAGCAAGCAUGACGUGAACGAAGUUCUGGAUCUGGAAUUGAAAGGAGACAUUGAAAAAUGCCUGACUGCACUUGUGAAAUGUGCUGGAAAUAAGUCUGCUUUCUUUGCGGAGAGGCUUCACAAGGCUAUGAAGGGUUCUGGAACACGGGACAGGGACUUGAUCAGAAUCAUGGUUUCGCGCAGUGAGAUCGACAUGAAUGAAAUCAAGGCGCAAUACGAAAAACUUUAUGGCAUCAGUCUCAAACAAGCCCUCUUGGAUGAAACCAAGGGCGAUUACGAGAGAAUCCUGGUAGCUCUGUGCGGAGACUAAUUUGCUGUGAUGAUUCUGUUGCCUGAAAUGUGAGCAGCUGGUCACUAAAACCAUGAGAAGGAAAGAGCCUAUUCUUGCUUGUCGCUCUGCUUUUCAGAAGCUUACAAUGUUACCGUAGCAUAUGUUGAGUACGGGAUCAUUUUGUAUUACACAUUCCAUCAUAAGCUGUGAUUUAAGUUAAUAAAUUUUUUAUGAUGCAA